AUGAUCAGGAAGUGUACAGGCAUAGAGCACCCUCCCCAUUACCUGUCCCAUUACCUGUCCCACUACCUGCCCCAUUACCUGUCCCACUACCUGUCCCAUUACCUGUCCCACUACCAGUCCUAUUACCUGUCCCACUACCUGUCCCAUUACCUGUCCAAUUACCUAUCCAACUACCUGUCCCACUACCUGUCCCACUACCUGUCCCACUACCUGCCCCACUACCUGUCCCACUACCUGCCCCAGUACCUGUCCCAUUUCCUGUCCCACUACCUGUCCCACUACCUGUCCCACUACCUGUCCCACUACCUGUCCCACUACCUGUCCCACUACCUAUCCCACUACCUGUCCCACUACCUGUCCCACUACCUGUCCCAUUACCUGUCCCACUACCUGUCCCACUACCUAUCCAACUACCUAUCCAACUACCUGUCCCACUACCUGUACCACUACCUGUCCCACUACCUGUCCCACUACCUGUCCCACUACCUGUCCCACUACCUGUCCCAUUACCUGUCCCAUUACCUAUCCCACUACCCUUCUCACUACCUGUUUCACUACCUGUUUCACUACCUGUCCCACUGUCCCACUACCUGUUUCACUACCUGUCCUAUUACCUGUCUCACUACCUGUCCCACUACCUGUCCCACUGUCCCACUACCUGUUUCACUACCUGUCCCAUUACCUGUCCCAUUACCUGUCCCAUUACCUGUCCCAUAA